UCCUUGCAACAGAAGUAAAACAAGAUUAAACUCUGAAAAUUAUAUCAUCACUGGGCUGGGGCUAGGAAGGAUAUUAUGCAUAUUUCCUGGGAUGAGUAUCCACAGUAGACGUUUUCUAAAUCUUUCAGUUUCAGAUGUGAAUGUCAAAGAUCUUCCUGUAAACUUUCGUUUUUCGAGAACUUCUUUUUGACACUGUCGGACACUUCAUUGUCUCACUUUUGACCUCUGUAGUUUGGACACGAGAGUUCAACACUCGGCGGUCGGUUGACUGUGAUGGCAGUCUCUCAGCCUCCCACCCAGGUACAUCGUGCCAGUGAAGUCAGCUUGCAAGAGGGGAAGACCGUAUAUGGCCAAGCAGCUGGGAUGCCAGAAGAUAGCCAAGAUCCCAUUGAGCAAGAGCUCAGGCAGCUGCUGCUGCAGGAGAUGAAGCGCCGAGACCAGUUCCGCCAUCACCUGAGGACGUUCCUCGCCGAACACCUGCAGCCGACGGAGGAUUUUCUGAUGACCCUGAUGGACCCUGACGACAGCUUGAGCCUUCUGCUGCAGCGCUGCGUAGAGAUAAUAGGUGUCAAGAAGAGAGACAAAGAUUCUCCAAAGUUAAGACAGGAGGUAGACAGUGGAAUAGCCAAUUCCAUGACUGAAAACAGAGAUUCCAGCUUUGUAUUGAUGAGAACGCCUUUCACAGGAACUCGUCCUCAUACUGCUAACAGGAGACAAGCUGGUAUUUUUCCCAGUGAGUUCUGGCGACACGACGUGACUAUCGCCGUAUCUCCGGAGUUUUCCACUGGGACAUCGAGCAAUUUACCUGUGGAGCACAGUGAACUGAGCAGCUAAACUACGAUGAGACUAACCUGCGAUUGAUAAACCAGAUUAUUGAGAAGACUUUGCAACACAGGGUCUAUCAGCUGUGUCCACAGGAAGACACAAACUUUGCUGAAUGAAAGCGACUGACACAAGUUCGUUGUUUUCGACUAAAGGUUUGGCGUCUCCAGGUCGCUGAUUUUUUUAAAAAAUUUUUGUUUCCUUUGGCUCCUUGAAUUUCAUUGUACAGACGGGAAACGAACUUGGAGCUGUUGAAGUCACAUGUGACAUUUGCUAGAAAACUCAUACAGUGAUCAGGUUGCUAUCACUUCGUGAACACUCUCGGGUUCUGAGGAUCCAAAUCGGAUGAAAUGUAGAUAGAGGAAUGGCUUUGAAGAUCCAUGAGGUGCAGGCCCCCCGGUGCUAAAUGAACACACGACAAUCAUCGCAGUCAUGAAGUGACCCAGAGGAAAGCGUAUCCAUAAAUAUCUUGACUUAUUGGCUAAAUUCCUACCAAAAGAAAAUUUUAAGAUCUUUGUCCUAGUAACAGCUUAAUUGCAAUACUGUAAAUUGGUUUGUUGCUAUUUAAAGUCUGUCUGUCUAGGGCGUGGGGAACCCCCACAUUUUCCUUCCGCGCCCUUUGACCUUCCAUGAUAAAUCAUAUACCAAUAGCUCCUCGAUACGCAGAAAGUUGUAUUCAUUUGGAAACGUCCACUGUCUACUCUAAAACUGAGAUAAAUAACUGCCACCAUGUGACAGACCAUUUCUUCCAUUCAAACGAAUCACCACACACGCGCGUACGUGCACCGUGAGAUUUUUCAGGCGGCCAAAAUUGUGUUAUAGACAUUGUUCAACGUGCAAACAUUCUAUUCUGGGAAAAUUCUUACCUGCAAUAUGUAGAUGCCCCUCAGUGUGUUAAAGAACUAAAUCUUCCUCACUUUUAAUCUUGUUCUUAUUUUUCAAGACUGUGAUAAAGGUGAACCCUGACCCUACCACAAAUCAUUCGGGUUAAAAAUUUCCCGGUGUCAAGGUUGUUGAAGAAACAACUGAUGAACGUGAUGAUUAAGAGAUCCGUAAUCCGUAGGAUUAUAAGCUUUUAUCUGAAAACAAGGUGUACAGUUUAAUUAGGACUAUGAGUGAUAACAUUAUUUUAAGGUUAAUGCUCAGAGUCGUCUUUGGUCUUUCACUGAUAUGCAGAUUUAUUGAUGUACAGAUUUAUUGAUUACGACUUACUGAUAUAUAAAAGUUGUUCUUGUCCACUGUGAUUGGUAUUAUUUGACUAUUAUUGGCAUGCAAUAAAUUUAAAUUUUACAUUAAAA